AUGGCCACUCUCAACAUCCAGCUCUCUCCUCUCUCUGCGGUGGAAAGCUGCUGCACUUCGGAUAUGCCAGCAGCAACCAGGCUAUCCAACAAGCCUCACGAGCACGAUGGUACAGGGGAGGGAGAUGGCAAAGGCGACGGUGAUGGUGUCAGCUUAGGUGUGCACGCCGGGAUGGACGGCGAUGGUCCAAAUGGCGAAGCUCGUGGAGGAGCUCCUGGCCAUGUUUGA